UUAAUUAGAGAACAUCUGUUAAUCUUAAGUAAGUGCUUGAUUAGGAUAUUUUCUCUGAGUUUUCUCAUAUAAAAAGGAUGUACUACUACAUUCAUUCGUGACAUUUAACGUGUGUUCCAUGGGCAGGAAAAAUCAGUUUCAUGCGUAUUGAUUAUGUUGAGGCUAAUCCCUGAAAUGCAUGGAUCUGAACACACCAUGGACUAAGAAAAAAGCACCUGACAACAUGAAGCCCGUAUGUACAGUGCUUACACCAUUCAGAAGACGCCAGGGAAUAUAUGUUUUCUUUCUGGUAGCAAUUGUCAUUUUCUUUACUCUGUUUUCAAAAGAUAGUAAAACAGAAAAUAUUUUAUCAACUGUAUCCACAAGGGUCAUAACAAAGCACGUACUUUCCCACCUGAGACUUGAACCAUUACCAACAGUGCCAUAUAUUACAAUACCAAAGGAUCCUCCAUUAAACAGGAGAGCCCCAAUCUUGCUCCUGACUUACUUGCGCAGUGGGUCAACAUUUACAGCUGAUGUCAUACAACAAUCCCCGGAUGUGUUUUAUUUAUAUGAACCUCUCAAAGCUUUCACAGACCAGUUUUAUUUUACUCAGUCAAAAUUAUGUUCUUUUACAAACAAAGGAUGCAGAUUACCAAAAACAAAACUUGAAGAUGGAAGUUAUAUAGUGCGGAAUAUUUUAAACUUAUUCUUAUGCGACUUUCAGCACGUUGAUAAGCACAUUCUACAAGUCAUGACCAUACCAUCUAUGAGCAACACACAAGAUCAAUAUGCUGAUUGCUUAAAAAGUAAAAAUAUCACUAAUAAAACUGAUGUGUGUACAAUGAAAAUGCAAGAGAUGUGUGUCAACAAGAGUGUUUUUAUAAAAACAAUUCGCCUCGCUAUGGAAGUCGUCGCUCUUCUCCUUGAACUAAUUCCAGAUCUGAAGGUCAUACACCUUAUAAGGGAUCCACGAGGGGUUAUGUUUUCUCGUUAUCGAGGACGUUUUGUGAAUGAUACAAACUUAAGAAUAAGUGCUAAGUCAUUUUGUAAUAGAAUGCUGAUGGAUAUCAUGCGAAGUUAUUAUUUAAAGUUAAAAUUUCCUCACAGAAUAAAAACACAACUGUAUGAAUAUCUGGCUGAAAAUCCCUUGGAAUCAAUGUACGAUCUACAUAACUUUACAAAUACAAAAGUUUUACCUUCUAUGAAGAAAUAUGUGUAUAAUCAUACGAUGGCUGGUCGAAAAAAUAGGAAAUAUUACAACACGGUCCGAGGAAACUCUACAGUGACAUCUAUAACAUGGCGCAUGCGCAUGAAGUGGGAGGCUGUGCAAGUUAUAGACAGCGAAUGCAAGGAAUUAUAUGAUCAUGUUGGAUUUAUUCCGUUUUCAAACAAGGCUCAGCUUACUAAUUUAUCAUUCAAAACCAGGAAGAAAGAGAGUCCACUUUUUGAAAAGUUUUGAAAGACUUAGAAAGAUUUUUCUUUAUCGAUUAAAUUCUAGUAUUUUUAAUUGAUUCAUAUUUUUCCAUGAUGAUAAGAUUGUUUGUGGAUGUAUCUUUUCAGUUGUUUACACAUUUUUUCUGAUUACUGAGAGUUUAAACAAUUUUUAUUGACAAUUUUACAAAUAAAUGAAUAAAAAUAAUGUACAUGUACCAUACAACUGCAAUUUGGAGACAAGCUAAUAGGGCAAGCUAAAAAUCUGCUUUCAAAUAUGUUCUCGAUGUUAUUUUUUCCCCCAAAUAAUGUCUUUUCCAAACAUUCAUAUGACAUAUGCAGCCUCCUCAGUUAGAAUUAUAAUACCCCAUUUGUAUACACCAUGUGUUCACCGGAAAGAGGUGAAAAUAGUAUAUUUUGAGUACGAUUAACGUUUAAUAAUUUGAAUUACUAACAUUUCUGCAUCAAAUUGCAAGGGAUCGAUCAGUUUAGAUCCUGCGUGUUUCGAUUUUUUUCUGGAGUUUCACAGGCAAUCAGUAUCAUAUAUAUAUAAUUUUUGAUUGACAAUAAUCCAAUCAUCAAAGAGGUGUUUUGAGAUUUGUUCUGUCAAAACUUAAAUAAAAGUAAGGAAAUGAACAAAACCAAUGUAUGAAAAUGUUUAACACUGAAAAAAUCACUUUAGAAAUUUGUUCUUUAAUGAUAUAAAUUUGUAACUUUUUAUUUAUAUUAAUAAGAUGCCGGCAUUUCUCAUUCACACUAUUUGUGUAAUCUUUAGAGAGCAAGUCUUUAAGAAAUUAAGGAUAACGAACAUUGAUCAAUCCCGUAGAUCCUGUAUACAAUACGAAUUAUUAAUAAGGAAAUAAUGGACCACUGGAAAUACCAGAUGCGGAAUCAGGUGCCUAGAAGGAGUAAGUACCCCCGUCGACCUGGUCAUACCCACAGUGAGUCCUCUAAAUUAGUAUAAAUACAAUGACCUUAGAAUUGGUAUGAAACACCAAUUAAUAUACUUCCCAACCACCUUUGGAAUACUGAUAGUGAUUGGCACUUAAUAUGUUCCUUUAUUAGUUAACCAUGUUUUAAAAUUCUUAAGAAGUAUAACUUUUUCAAAAACCUUAACAUUAGAAGAAGAAAUGUCUUGCUUUUAAUUCAACAUUUAGAUAGCGAGGAUGGUUUGUCAAUUGAAUUAACAAUAGUUAAAAAACUUCAAUGACGUCACCCAUUGUUAUUAGUCUACGUAUAUUUGACCGAUUUUCAACCAUCACU